AUGCCCAGCACCUUGGGGUGCUCCAGCACCCGAACACAGGACGUGCACAGGGCUGUUACAACUCCUGACUCCUGCAACCGUGAGCAGAAGGGCAAGGGCUCGACGUUGCUGGACUUGGAGUCGGAGGACUUGCUUAGUGACUCCUGGGAGGACCUUGAAGAGACCAUCAAGAGCCACAGUGCUGCCCAGGCGCCCCUCAAAGGAGCACACCCCGUGUUCCUGAAGCCCACAUCCUGGGACCACAAGGAGUUGGAGAAGAAAUGGGUGCGGCCAGGUGCUGAGCCGGGCCAGUCGGAGAGCCUCUGUGUGCCGUACCAGGUGGAAAGGCUGCAGGAGCUGCAGCAUGGGGCCCGCGUGCUGUCCACAGCUGUGAACAGCUUCACACGCCACGUAUUCACCUGCGGUGUGGGAGGCCUCAAGGUGUGGCACCUGGACAGCCAGGGGGCCCCGGCCACCCUUCCCAGGAGCAACCUGCACUGGCCCGUCCAGACCCCGGGUGCAUACCUGCGCACGUGCCUGCUGACCCCCAAUGGCAGCAUGCUCCUUGCGGGCGGCCACAACAUGCCAGGCGUGAACGUGUGGGACCUGUCGGCACCAUCCCUGAACGAGCCACGCCAGCUGUCCUGCAAGGGGCUCUCCUGCCUGACCCUGGAUGCCUGCCCCAAGGGCAGUCUGGCCUUCGCAGGCUUCAGCAAUGGCACCGUCAGGAUCUGGGACCUUCGGGACCCGAAUGUGGUCAAGGACCUCCCUGGCCGGCAGGGUGAGGCCAACAGCAUCGUGGUCAAAGAUGACACCAUCUGGAUAGGGGGCCUGAAUGGCCAUCUGCGGUACUGGAUGCCUGAAAAAGCCUGCAUCACCUGCUGUGAUGUGUCCGCCAACAACCGGCUGAUCAUCGCAGGCGCCAAGGACUGGGUCUCCGUGUACCAGGUCACCUACUGAGGGCUUGGACGGCUUCACUUCUUUUUCUGUCCUGCAAGCCGUUAUGGAUGGAAAUGGGGAGCUGAGGUCACUGGGCCCCCUGUGGGAUG